GUUUGCCCGCCUACAAAAACUUAUCAUCAGUUUGGCUGGUCGUAACCUUUAUAUCCGUUUUCAGUCUGGAACAGGGGAUGCAAUGGGAAUGAAUAUGAUUUCAAAAGGUACUGAAAAAGCACUGGAAAGGCUGAAUGAAGAGUUUCCUGAUCUCCAGGUUAUAGCUAUUAGUGGUAACUAUUGUACAGACAAAAAACCUGCUGCUAUAAAUUGGAUAGAAGGAAGAGGGAAGUCUGUUGUCUGUGAAGCAGUUGUUCCAGCUAAGGUUGUUAGAGAAGUCUUGAAGACCACUACAGAAGAUAUAGUUGAAGUCAACAUAAACAAGAAUUUAGUGGGUUCUGCAAUGGCUGGUAGCAUAGGUGGCUACAAUGCACAUGCAGCAAACAUUGUGACAGCUAUCUACAUUGCCUGUGGUCAGGAUGCUGCACAGAACGUGGGCAGCUCUAAUUGCAUCACUUUGAUGGAGCGAACUGGUUUCACCAACGAAGACCUGUACAUCAGCUGCACAAUGCCUUCUAUAGAAAUAGGAACUGUUGGUGGAGGCACCAACUUGCUUCCGCAGCAGGCCUGUUUGCAGAUGUUAGGGGUUCAAGGUGCAAGCCAAGAUAACCCUGGUGAAAAUGCCCGUCGGCUUGCUAAAAUUGUAUGUGCUACAGUGAUGGCAGGGGAAUUAUCACUAAUGGCAGCCCUUGCAGCUGGGCAUCUAGUUAAAAGCCACAUGAUUCACAACAGGUCAAAAAUAAAUCUACAAGAUCUUCGAGGAACCCGCGCUAAGAAGGCAGCUUGAAUACUAAAGCAGCUUUGAAAUGAAG